AUGGAGGAAAAAAAGUUGAAGCCAACGACCAUCACUUGGAAUGCUCUCCUGUCCGCUAUCCGAAGAGCAGAAUCAUGGCAAACAUCACUGCACCUCUUUCGACAAAUGCAAGCGGAGGAUGUGACUCCCAUACUGCACACCUACAACAUCAGCAUCAGCUCCUGUCACACGGUCGAUGCAUGGCCAUACGCGCUGGCAUUGAUGGAGGAAGCACGACAGUGUCAAUCGCUUUUUCCGGAUGACGUCACUUAUUUCCACUUGAUCUCCACAGCCUGCUCGUCUGUGGCGUGGCAACCGGCUUUGUGCUUUCUGGCUGCAGUGAAGGACGAAGGCUAUGAAGUUGAACCCAUGAGCUAUAAACAAGUCUUCACUGCCUGCGAUCGGGCCAGCUGCUGGACUGCUGCCUUGGCGCUGGUGGAAGAAGCCGCACAAGCUGAGGAAGCUCCAGCUUCGUCUCAACAUGUGAGAGAUAUGCAGAGGAACCUGGUUGGCCUCCUUCCUUCGGUUCGACCUGAACAAGGUGGUCACCUCGCGGAGGCUCUUCAGCUUUUGCGCUCGCUGGUUGAAGCCGGUGUGUGCCAGGUGUGGAAGCCGACAGAGCGCUUUACGGCCGACUUGCAUGGCUUUACGACAGAUGAGGCUGCUGUAGUGGUUAUGCUUGCGAUCUUCGAGAUGAUUGAGGCAGAAUGGUUCGGAAUCCUUGCUCCAUCCCAACCCAAACGUUUUGGCUCAUCCAAGCUCCGUACUCCGUAUGCAUCAUUCGGUGUUUCUUUGGGCCGGCGGAUCAAAAUCUACAACAUCUACCACUCCAGUGGGGAAGUCCAAGCAGGAAGUGUGUAG